AGAUUGGAAAGAAAUUGUCAGGCUGUAGCUAGAAAUGUUAAGAUUACUCCAGGUCUGUGUCUGUCCUGGCUGCUCCUGUUGCAUGCAAGGACAUGGCUGGAAGGCACAUCCCAUUUUACCUGUGCUUUGCUCUGUUUGUUUGUUCUUCCCCAUUCAGCAUGAGUCCCUUCUUUGUGAUGUCUCUCCUCCUUGGCCUGAUUUUUGGACAAGCAGCAUCACUCUGUGCUCCUUCUGAGUACACAAUCCACGUGGAGAAGCGGGAAUGUGCCUAUUGCCUGGCCAUCAACACCACCAUCUGUGCUGGAUUCUGCAUGACUCGGGACAGCAAUGGCAAGAAGCUGCUCCUCAAGAGCGCUCUGUCCCAGAACGUGUGCACGUACAAAGAGAUGCUGUACCGGACAGCGCUGAUCCCGGGCUGCCCUCACCACACCAUCCCCUACUACUCCUACCCCGUGGCUGUGAGCUGCAAGUGUGGCAAGUGCAACACUGACUACAGUGACUGUGUCCGUGAGAGGGUCAGGACAAACUACUGCACUAAGCCACAGAAGCUCUGUAACCUGUAA